AUUUACUAGGAAAAGGUGCACAGCGAUUUUUCAGCAUUACUACAACCAAUUAUGGCUAGUCCAAUUCUAGCUGGAAAGUUAGAAGCUGAGAUAAAGAUUAAGUCUGAUCCUGAUGAGUUCUUCCAGAGCUUUGGUGGUAAAGCACACAAACUUCCAAAUCUUUGCUCCGACAAAGUUCAUGGUGUUAAGGUUCAUCAAGGUGACUGGAAAACUAAGGGCUCUGUCAAGCUCUGGACUUAUGCAAUAGAUGGAAAAGUUGAGACUCUGAAAGAAAGGCUUACGGUGGAUGAAGAGAACAAGACUGUCACUGCAGAAGCAGUUGGAGGACACAUUUUGGAACAAUUAAAGAGCUACAAGGCUAGCUUACAAGUUAUUCCAAAAGGCCAGUCCAACUAUGCCAAAUGGACAAUUGAGUAUGAGAAUAUCAAUGAGAAUGAGCCUGCUCCAACUAAGUACCUCCACUGGCUGAUUCAUGCUGGAAAAGACGUGGAUGCUUCACUUGUCAAGGCAUGAACAUGCAUGGUUAUUUCAGUAGUUGAAUAAUAAUAAGAGAUAGAAUGGUGUGAGUAUGAAACAAAAGCUUGUUAAGGUUAUGUAUGUCAUGUUAUAAGCUUGGUGAGAGCUUUAUUAAAUUUGUUGUGGCUGUGAUUGUGUGUUUGAUAUACUAAUUACAAUGAAUAUUUAUAAAUAAAAUGAUGGCUUGAUGCCUAAAAUGUUUUUGUGCUGU